UGUUGGAACUUCCCCCCCUCCAUCAUCGAUUUUGGAUGAACGACAAGCAUUUUUUUUUAUGUGGUUUAAUUUGGCUUACGGAUUUUCAUUUCACCUGGGGGGGACAGGAGGGGGGUUAUGGAUUCGGGAAAUUUUAUUUGUAGCAAGAAGGAUGCUAAUUUUUAUGCUUAUUGGUUGCUCAUCUGUCCAAGGACCCGCUCUUUUAGUUGUUGUUGAAUGCUAGUAUUUAGAUUUUCAACCCCUUAUUCAAAUUUGAUGCACGUUUUUUGUCAUAUUAUAUCUAGUACUUCUUCAAAUUAUAAAUAAUCUGCCUACUUAAGAAUGCUUCUUACUUUUAACAAUUAGGUUUGUUCAAUUUUGCACUGUGUACAGUAAGACUGGUAGGUUUCUAAAAACUUGUGUUCAGGGAAGAUGAGGUCUAUCUUUUGUGGAAACUUUGAAUAUGAUGCUCGACAGUCUGAUCUGGAGCGGCUGUUUAAAAGAUAUGGGAAGGUUGAUAGGGUGGAUAUGAAGUCCGGAUUAUUUUGGCAUACCCAUACUCUUCCAGGCUAAUGGAUCAGCUUUUCAGAAAUACGUUUAUGUCUGUGACGUACAUCUUCUUUUUCUAAAGAAGAUUCAAUUUGGUCUCAAGUGGCACCACCGUACCAUGUUUUACCUCAGUCACAUUUGCCUUCCAUUUUUCAUGCCUUUUGCCCAGCCUUCAAUUUAUCAGACAUGUUUGAAGGUUGAAAUAUUGCCGACCUCACUGCAGAGGCAGCAGAUUAAAUGAAGAUGUCACUCUAUUUCCAUUGACCCACCAUGAGACCUACACUUUUGGAUUCUUGUUCUUGACAUCAAUUUGUUCAUUACCCAAGGGUUUGCCUUCGUCUAUAUGGAAGAUGAGAGAGAUGCUGAGGAUGCAAUUCGUGCGCUUGAUCAGGUAGAAUUUGGUCGAAAGGGACGCAGACUUCGUGUGGAAUGGACAAAACAUGAACGCGGCAUUAGAAGGCCUGGUAGUUCAAGAAGAUCUUCAGCAAAUUCAAGGCCAUCAAAGACUUUAUUUGUUAUUAAUUUUGACACAUAUCAUACCAGAACUAGGGAUUUGGAGAGGCACUUUGAGCCAUAUGGCAAGAUAGUUAGUGUGAGGAUUAGAAGGAAUUUUGCAUUUGUCCAGUAUGACUCGUAUGAUGAUGCCAUCAGAGCAUUGGAAGCUACAAAUAUGAGCAAGUUACUGGAUCGAGUUAUCACAGUUGAAUUUGCUGCAGAGAAUGAUGAUGACAGGAGGAAUGCAUAUAGUCCUGAUAGAAGCCAUGAUCGAUCACGUGAUAUAAGCAAUGAUAGAAAGCGAUCACCCAGUCCUUAUCGCCGAGAAAGAGGCAGCCCUGAUUAUGGCCAUGGCUCUAGCCCAUAUAGGAGAGAGAAGAGCAGCCCUGAUUAUGGCCGUGGCUCUAGCCCAUAUAGGAGAGAGAAGAGCAGCCCUGAUUAUGGCCGUGGCUCUAGCCCAUAUAAGAGAGAGAAGAGCAGCCCUGACUAUGGUCAUAGCCACCGUAGAAGCUCCCAACAGAUUGAGAGAGGUAGCCCAGAUUAUAAUCACAGGAGCACUAGUCCAUAUGGAAGAGAGAGGGAUGGUUCUGACCCUAUUCGUGGCUCAAGCCAUAGUCCUUAUCAUAAAGAACAAGGUAGAACUGACCGUGGCAAUUCUCACUCCCGCAGUCCUAAUGGAAGAGAGAGAGCCCCUCAAAAUGAUUGUUCCGACCGCAGUCCUUCCUAUAUGAAGAGGGUUAGCCCUGAAAAUGGUCAUGGCUCUAUAAGUAGUCCUGAUGCAAGAGGUGAUGGUAGUCCUUACAAUGGCGAUGAAGAUCACCUAAAUUCCAUGCCUGAGCCAAAGGACAAUGCUAACCACGAUGCUCCUGAAAGUCCCGUGAAUGAAACAUACGGCAGCCAAUCUCCUGCUGCUGAAGAAUGAUUCCUUGAUCUCGGAAGCAAAAUAGGUGGGGUGAAACCUGUUUGCAAUGCUUUGUUAGUGUGGAACUGAAUUUAGUUGCAGUAAAAUGAUAGUGUAGAUGUAAGAAAGCACUAGAACUUGUAGUUUUCAUUGCAUGUACAAUCGAGACCGGUCCUCCAUUUUAUUCAUGUUAUUCAAGUCAUAAAUUUAUUCGAACUCCUUCUGUUCCUGGAAAAGAAUACCCCUCUAUGAUGCUGAACCUCCUUUUAAUUCAUGUUAUUCUACUCAGAUCAUC